AAGAACGUUGAUCCAUUCACUCACGAUAAUGUUAUCAUUUGUUAAAAAUUAUUACAUAACACAAAAAAGAGUUGGAAAUAUAUAUCCAUUGUUGAUUCAAUAACAUUCCAAUUAGAAACCUUUUGUUAGAUAAAAAAGAAGUUUACUGUCAAUGGACAAGCAAAAAGUAGUUCGAGGGCGGAACUCUUUCAUCGCUGUCGUUUUCCACCGGUUUUAUAACCUUGAUACACCAGUCACGCCACUGUAUCGCUUUUUCCGAUCGUCGCUUAAAAAAUAUAAUUUUAUCAUGAAUACGAUUAUAAUAAACGCACAAUAAAUUUAGUUUUUUUUCCCCACAGAUGUGUAGUUCUAGAAGGCAGCUACUAGUCUUUUUUUUACCACUGUGAAACAACCAAAGCUGUAUAUAAUUUCUCUCUUCAAACGAAGAUCCACGAAUGAUCUGUAGAGGGCAGCAACGUACCUUCGCCGCGUGUAGACUACCACCGGUACCACAGAAGAAGAAAAGGCGGAAGCUCCGUUUACAUUCGUGCACGUUGCUGGACGGAGAGAAAACAAACCACUCACCGUAAAUUAGACAACAUUUUGAAACUAACAGAGAUGGUUGGGAAGAUUAAACAUGUCCGUCAGAAGCUUCACCAGGAGGCAGUGAAGCCUGACACUGCGCCUCUUUGCUUCGUGUAUCCCCCGAUUUCCCCGAGCACUCACCGCGUUACUCCUCCACCUCCAGAAAACAACAAGGGAAGCAAACAGGCGUCAGCAGAGAGCUCCUUCCCCACUGGAAUCUUUGCUGGCACUAAAAUCACUCCAGAGGCUCUGGUUCAAACCUUGAAGUUUGAGGAAACUAAAGAUGCACCAGUUACACCUGUUAUUGCCAAGAAAGGCCCAGAAGAGAAGAAACUCAAGUCAAAGAAAGAGAAGAUGAAGGAGAGAAGAGAGAAAUGGCUGAACAAGAUCAGCUCCAUCAAACUGGCCCAGGAGCAGCAGGCGGCCGAGGCUCGCAGGAAGGCGACGCCGGUGGUCGGAGACCUGAGGCCGCUGGCCGAUGCUCUGCCGGAGCUCUGUCAGCUCAUCGGCUCGCCCGCCGCCACAGUGACCUCUGCGCGCCGCAGGAGCAGGAAAAACAAAGAGCCGGUGAAAAGGCCCGAGCCGACAGAUUUCAGUCAGAUGAAAACAUCGCAGAAACGCAAACUCCUAGAAACCGAGUGCAGCCACUUCAGCACAAUAGUCAAAACCUUCUCUGGCAAAACUAACCCUCUGGUUGACAUCGGUGAGCAGCUGAAGAAGAGGAUGAGGCAGGAGGAAGAGAACAAUCCCAGUUAACAACAGCAGCAGCAGCAGCUGAACAAAGUGAGUCUCAAGCGCUUUCACAGACUUAAAGAUCUCUGAAUUCCUAAGGGAACGUGACUGUGUCAGAGAAACCCAACCCUGGUAAAAGAGGGAAGAACCUGACACCUGGUUCUCCCCGUCAGUCACGACUCAGCUGAAGAAAACAUCCUGAAGGACAAUGACAGCGCCCAGAUAAAGAUGUGCAACCGACUCUCACCAAAUGUACCCUGAACAGCAUUUUUUCUAGGCUGAGUUUGGUAUUUAUUGGUUGUAGAAGUAGAAAAAAACAAUACAAAAAUAAGCUCAUUAAAUCUGUAUUUUCCAUAAUGUUCUAUGAGAUGAAGAUACGUUAUUUUCAGCCGUGAUCGUAGGAGUCAACUAAUCCUUCAAGUUUCUAUAACACAGUUUUCACACAUCUAUUUUCAGUGUCUCAUUGUUCUUAUCAGCUCCAGCACAAGUAACCCGCUGGCAAUCAUGACGGCAACUGUGCUAAACCAUGGACAAACAGUAUCAGUGAGCACAUCAACACAGUCUGCACUGAGAUCGAGUUUUAAAAAAGCAAAGGAUUUUUACCACAGCAUCUUCACUGGUUUUGUUUUCAUGUAAUUAAAUGUUUGUAUGGAAAUUUUCUGCUACAUGAAAAUAAAAUCAACUGAACACACA